AAAACAGAGAAAAAUAGACAAAGACAUCUCUGAUACAAUGGCCGACCUCCGGAAUGCGCAGCGAUGCACCGAGGUCAAGAUCCGCACGCUGCCAAACGUAGAACGCUCAGAUCGGAAAGAUGUGUCACGUGUCUUCCUCUCCAUGGACACCCUCCUCGAGCUGAGGCUGGAGGCAGGACAGCCGUGCUCGGUGUGGAAGGUUGAGGAUGCGGGUUCUCGACGGGAGGCUAUUGCGUGGCCGAGCGCGCAGAAGAUAAAUCGGAAUGUGAUGCAGAUGUUUAAGAGCUUUCAGGAUCACUGCGGGUUCCGGCUGGAGGAUCGGAUUGCUGUUGCGGCUGCUGGACCGCUUGUUACGGCGGAUUUUGUGGUUUUGAGGGAUGUGAGCGGAGGUACGGCGCUGGAGGAGAAGGAUAGAGCUCAUUGGGAGUGGUAUUUGGAGGAUAAACUCGUCCGCGCCGAAUCAAUCUUCACAGACAUGUUAUAUGAAAUCACCCUCAAAGGCCGGCGCUCCUUCAUCGUCGAGUCCUUCCUCCUCUCCGGACGCCCCCUCCCCAACAAAAUUGCCCACUUCUCACCCACCUCCCGCGUCCAAAUCAUCGACGAGCAAGCCGCCGCCCUCGAGCGCCCCACCACCGGUCCCCGCCCUACCCUGCACGUCUCAGGAAUCGCAGGCAUCGACUCCGCCUUGCAGAAACUCAACGACGUCCUUGCCGACUUCUCUGACGUCGCUAAGACCUCCCCAGCCUGGGGCAGGCGCGCCUGCGGCGUCCUCCUCCAUGGCGCCCAUGGAAGCGGUAAGACGCUCCUCCUCGAGCGCGUCGCUGCCACUGGCUGGGGACGCGUCUUCCGCAUCGAUGCAGAUGCUAAGACGCAGGCUAUCCGCGAGGUUUUUAAGGAUGCUCGCCUCACCGCCCCAAGCAUAAUCCUCCUCGACGACCUGGAGGCGGUCGCUGCCGCUGACCCUUCUAAGCCUGCCCUCACUGCUCUACUUAGUGACGAGAUGGCCCGUCUUAGUGCCGAUGCUGUGCAGGUCGUCGUUCUUGCCGCGGCGGCAUCUGCAUCUGCUGUACCGCUCCCGUUGCGCAAGCGCGGGAGAUUCACAACGGAUAUCCUCCUCCCUAUCCCCGAUGCUGACGCACGGAAACAAAUCCUGCGUUCUCUCGGGCCGAAGGAGGAGGAGGAAGUCAAGCUCCUAGACCGUCUUGCCGAGCGUACCCACGCAUAUACAGCUGAGGACCUAGCCCUCCUACUCGACCGCGCGUGCUUCCUCGCACGACACCGUCAACGCGGUGACUCCGCCUCAACCACCCCCGCCACCCCUCCCGGGCAGCCCGAGCUGCCAACCACCGAAACCAGCACACCCGCCGCCCCACUAGACACCCCAACUCCCGCGUCAACCACCCCACCCACCCCGUCCCUCACCCAACCCGACCUCGACCUCGCCCUCCUCUCCGUCCGUCCAACAGCCAUGCACGACAUCACCCUCCGCCCCCCAAAGGUGCACUGGUCCGACAUCGGCGGCCAGCACGCGCUCAAACGCGCCCUCCGCCGCGCCGUCGAGACGCCCCUCCGUCACCCUGCGCUUCUCGCGCGUCUCGGCGCGGCUCCAAAGAAAGGACUCCUCCUGUACGGACCGCCGGGGUGCAGUAAGACGCUCUCAGCGGCCGCGGUGGCUACGGAGGCGGGAUUCAAUUUUUUCGCUGUCAAAGGUGCGGAGCUGCUGAAUAUGUAUGUUGGGGAGUCUGAGAGGGCAGUUCGGGAAGUGUUUGCGCGUGCUAGGGGUGCGGCGCCGAGUAUUGUGUUUUUCGACGAGGUGGAGGCGAUUGGAGGGAAGAGGGAAGGGAGGGGUGGAGGGGGCGUGAAUGUGUUGACUACAUUGUUGAAUGAGAUGGAUGGGAUUGAGACCUUAAAAGGGGUGAUGGUGUUAGCCGCGACGAAUAAGCCAGAGGCGUUAGACGUGGCGCUGUUGCGGCCGGGCAGGUUCGAUGAGUUGCUCUAUGUGGCGCCGCCGGAUUUAGAGGGACGGGUGGAGAUUCUGGAGGGGAGGAGGAGGAAGAUGGAUUGGGAGGGGGAUGUGGAGGUUGGGUGGCUGGCGGAGAGGUGUGAGGGGUAUAGUGGUGCGGAGAUUGUAGGGAUCUGUCAGGCGGCGUGUGAUUGUGUGAUUGAUCGCGUGCUGGAGACGGGGGAUAUGGGGGCGAAGGUUGGGAGGGGGGAUUUUAAGGUCGCGAUGGGGAGGGUUAAGAGGCAGAUUACGGAGGAGAUGGUGGAGGGGUAUCGGAGGUGGGCGAAGGGGGUGGGGAAUGGGGUGGAGGCUGAGUGA